AUGCAGUGCUACCCCCCAUCCCCAGUUAUGAACGGCUCUAUGUACGAGCCGCAGUGGAACAUGAUGCCAGGCUAUCAGAUGUCCCCUCCACACCAUAUGCACCACGCACGCGGCGACAAUCCACCGCACAACUACCAGCACUACUACCCUUGCGCCACGGGCACAGACCCCAGCUCCCCAUCUUUCUACCCAGAUCAACGAGCCGUCACAAUCGAGAACUUGAACUCGACUACUACAUGCACCGAUCUAAAAGCACUUCUGCAAACAGCCGGCACUGUCGAGCAAUGCAGCAUAGUCGCUACGGACUCGAUCGAUGAACAUGGCCAGCUGCGUGGCUUGGUCACGAUGCGAACAGCGGAGGAUGCUCAGUGUACUGUGACCAUGUUCAAUAAUUGCAGCUUCAUGGGGUCGCGGAUUAGUGUGAAGAUUAAUCGUGGCUCGCUUCUCGUGAGGGCCGUUAGCUUUGAUGGGGUUUGUGAUGGCUCAGAUACCGCGGGAUCGGUGCCAGGUUAUGGGGAUGCGUGUCAGUCGUGGGCUGAUGAGAUGACUGCAGAGGCGAACACUGUUGAUAAAUGCAAGCCGCUGGUGAUAGAUGGGUCUGGGUUAAAUAGGUGGAGUGGGGGUUUGUCGACGUCUGCGCCUCCAUGA